CAGUUUUAUUCAUGUAUCUUAAGCCAGGAAAAGAAUCACAGGAGGGGCUGGGAGGGACCUCGGAAUCCACCUGUGUUCCCAGAAUACAGACGAGGAAACUGAGACCCAGAAGGUCGGUGCCUUGCUCAAGGUCGUACAAUGUCAACCGUAAUGUCAGUCCUAAAGUGGCUUGGGUAGGAUUUGAACUCAAGUCCUUCGGUCGGAGAGGCGAGGUUCUGGCCCUGGAGCACACCGCCCCCCUAAGGAGGACAGCCCUUCGCUCCAGAGCGAGAAACUGAGGCUCGUCCCCUCGCAAUGGAAAGUCAGGGCAAAAUCAUUUGACAGCGAGCCCACAGCUCCGAAAAGCCGAGGUCCUGUCCUCCCGGCGGCAGAUGGAGAAGCGGCCCGCGCCGGGGAGACAGUGCAGCCAAAACGGGGGCGCAAGGCCUUGUAGACGGAGGGGGCAAACUUUACACCUCGGAACCCCCCCCUCCGUUUGGGGGUUCACGGAGCCCCUUCUAGUCACCAAAGCGGGGGCUGCCUUUCGCGGGUCUCCUCCUAGCCGCGUGAGGGCCAGAACCCCAGCAGUCCAGGGGCGCUCGGCACGGAAUGGGGGUGAAAUCGGCAAGGAAAGGGGAGUGGGGUGUGAGGGUGGAGCGGAGCCUUGCCGAGCGAUCCGGGCCGGGUUUUGCGCGCCGCCCACUCGCCCGCUAGGCCGCGGAGAAUUCCAUAAUCACAGCGGGCGAGAGCGGAGACGGGGAGCGAAAAAUCCGGGAUCCGGCAACUUUGGGGCGCGCAUGCGCGCCCGCCGCGCUCCAUCCCAAACACACACACAUUUUUCCCCCGGACUUGGAAAGUCACCCAAAGCCGCCCCAAGUGCAGGACCAACAGACUCCGCUGAUUGAAGGCAAAGAUCUCUUCCCCUUCCAGCUGCCCAAUCUCUGCCCACAAUCAUUAGCCCCUCCUUGCCAAGGGGAAAAAGAAAAACCCCAGCAGGUUGGAAUGGACUUCGGACCCUGGCCCUUCUGGAUGCAAGGAUGAAGUGAUUCCGCCAGCCACGAACCAACCGAGCAGUAAAGGAGUGACCCCCGUAAGAGUUUGGGACCAAAACGAGGAGCAGCAUGGAUCUUGGUACAGCCGAAGGCGCUCUCUGCCCUGACCCCCCCUCAGGAAAACCCGCGAUGGCGACCAAGCGCAAAGGCGGCCUGAAGCUCAAUGCCAUCUGUGCCAAGCUGAGCCGCCAGGUGGUGGUGGAACAGGGAGCUGAUCCAGGGAUCCGGCCAGAAGGUGGCCAGGGCAACCCCCUGCGGCCCCGGGAGAAGGAGCAAGGCGGUGGGUCAGAGGCCAAGGUCACCCAGACGCCGCGGAGCGAGGAAGACAGGAGGCGGGCCGUGAUUGAGAAGUGGGUCAAUGGAGAGUACAGCGAGGAGCCGGCCCCGACCCCAGUCCUGGGGCGCAGUGUCCGCGAGGGUCUGGAGCUGCCCCCGGAGGGAGUCUACAUGGUGCAGCCGCAGGGAUGCAGCGAUGAAGAGGACCACGGGGAGGAAGCUCGGGGGCCCACUUCCCAGAGCGCCAACUUCCUGGAAGAACGGGACUCAGAGGGGACGGCCCCCAAGGAGGAGGGUGGGCACCCGGCCAAGCAGGCUUCAGGAGAAGCCUCCUCCCUGCGGGACUACGCGGCCACCACCAUGAACGAGUUCCUGGGCAUGUUCGGCUACGACGACCAGAACGUGCGGGACGAGCUGGCGCGCAAGGUCAGCUUCGAGAAGCUCCACGCCGGCGCGGCCCCCGAGGCCCCCCCCGCGCCGCCGGCCGCCGACGACAGCAAGCGGCCGCGCUUCUCCAAGUACGAGGAGUACAUCCGCAAGCUCAAGGCGGGCGAGCAGCUGCCCUGGCCCGCGCACAAGGCCGAGGACCGGAAGGAGGCCGGGCCGGGCCUGCGGCUGCCCGGCAGCACGGCCCACCUGGAGACCAAGGCCACCAUCCUGCCGCUGCCCUCCCACGCCGGCCCCCAGAUGCAGGGGCUCGUGGCCCGCGCCUCCAAGUACGACUUCUUCAUCCAGAAGCUCAAGACCAGCGAGAGCCUGCGGCCCCAGAACGGCAACACCUACAAGAAGCCCUCCAAGUACGACCUGGAGAACGUCAAGUACCUGCACCUCUUCAAGCCGGGAGAGGGGAGCCCGGACAUGGGCGGCGCCAUCGCCUUCAAGACCGGCAAGGUGGGCCGCCCCUCCAAGUACGACGUGCGCAACAUCCAGAAGCUGGCGCCCGUCAAGGCGCCCCCCGCCCCCAGCCUGGCCCCCGCGCCCCUCGCCAGCGCCCCCAGCGCCGCCCCCGGGGUGGGGCCCGAGCCCCCCGUAUCCCUGCCUUUCAACGCCCCCGAGUACUUGAAGUCGACCUUCUCCAAGACGGAUUCCAUCACCACCGGGACCGUCUCCACCGUCAAGAACGGAUUGCCCACAGAUAAACCAGCUGUCACCGAAGAUGUAAAUAUUUACCAGAAAUAUAUUGCCAGGUUCUCUGGCAGUCAGCACUGCGGCCACAUACACUGUGCGUACCAGUACCGGGAACACUACCACUGCCUGGACCCUGAGUGCAACUAUCAGAGAUUCACCAGUAAGCAGGACGUGAUCCGUCACUACAACAUGCACAAGAAGAGGGACAACUCCCUGCAACACGGCUUCAUGCGCUUCAGCCCACUGGACGACUGCAGUGUCUACUACCAUGGCUGCCACCUCAACGGCAAGAGCACGCACUACCACUGCAUGCAGGUGGGCUGCAACAAGGUCUACACGAGCACCUCGGACGUCAUGACCCACGAGAACUUCCACAAAAAGAACACUCAGCUCAUCAAUGACGGCUUCCAGCGCUUCCGGGCCACGGAGGACUGCGGCACUGUGGACUGCCAGUUUUACGGGCAGAAAACCACUCACUUCCACUGCAGGCGCCCCGGGUGCACGUUCACGUUCAAGAACAAGUGUGACAUCGAGAAGCACAAGAGCUACCACAUCAAGGACGACGCGUACGCCAAGGACGGCUUCAAGAAGUUCUACAAGUACGAGGAGUGCAAGUACGAGGGCUGCGUGUACAGCAAGGCCACCAACCACUUCCACUGCAUCCGCGCCGGCUGCGGCUUCACCUUCACCUCCACCAGCCAGAUGACGUCGCACAAGCGCAAGCACGAGCGCCGCCACAUCCGCUCCUCCGGCGUGCUGGGCCUGCCCGCCUCGCUGCUGGGCGCCAAGGACAACGAGCACGAGGAGUCCAGCAACGACGACCUGGUGGACUUCUCGGCCAUGAGCAGCAAGAACUCGAGCCUCAGCGCCUCGCCCACCAGCCAGCAGUCGUGCGCCUCCCUGGCGGCCCCGGCCGAGGCCCCCGCGGCCAAGCCCGCCGCCGCCGCCGCCAAGAUGCCGGGGCUGCUGGGCCAGGCGCUGCCCGGGAGCCUGCCGCUGGCGCUGGCGCUCUCCAACUCGGCCAUGCCGCCCGCCGGGCCCUUCUUCCCCAUCCUGCCGGGCCGCGUCAGCACCCCGAUGCCCGUGGGCGCGGCUGGCCUGCUGGCGGGCGCCGCCGGGACCGCGGACCCCCCCACCCCGGCCGGCGCCGGCCCCGGAGACGCGGCCCCCGCCGCCUGCACGUCGUCCCCGGCGCCCGCCGCCUCCAUCAUGGAGAGGAUCUCCGCCAGCAAGGGCCUCAUCUCCCCCAUGAUGGCCAGGCUGGCCGCCGCCGCGCUCAAGCCUUCCGCGGCCUUCGAAGCAGGGAAUGGGCAGCAGCCGCAGAUCCCCCCCGGACGGUUCCCCCCAGGCCAAGUGAAGCAGGACUCUGGUGAGACCCCCUCGACCUCCUCUAACUCAGGCUCCCAGGAGACCUUGCAGGAUCGCAGUCUGGACCUCAGCGUGAAGGAACCCAGCAAUGAAUCAAAUGGCCACGCACUCGCAGCAAAUUCAUCUCUUUUAUCCUCGCUUAUGAAUAAGAUGUCCCAAGGCAACCCCAGCCUCGGAAGCCUGCUGAGCAUCAAGACGGAGGCAGAAGCCGGCUCCGCCGGAGAGCCCUCUCCUUUCCUGGGAAAGGCUGUGAAGACCCUGGUCCAGGAGAAGUUAGCGGAGCCCUGGAAGGCGUACCUGCGCAGGUUCGGCACCAAGGACUUCUGCGACGCGCAGUGCGACUUCCUGCACAAGGUUCACUUCCACUGCGUGGUGGAGGAGUGCGGAGCCUUAUUCAGCACCCUGGACGGGGCCGUCAAACACGCCAAUUUCCACUUCCGAACGGAGGGAGGAGGAGCAGUAAAGGGGAGCACGGAAGCUUCCUUCCCCAACACGACUGCCACCGAGACCAAGGCUUCCCUGGCCCCGUCUUCGCCUCCGGCACCCUCGGGUCCCAGCGCGGCAGCGGCGACAGCUUCCAGCCUAGAGGUGCCGGCCUCCAGCCCGGCCACGGUGCCCUCUGCCCCGACCCUCCUCGCCUGGAAGCAGCUGGCUUCCGCUGUCCCCCAGAUGCCUCCAAUUCCAUCCUCCAUGCCGGCUAUGGCCGCCUCGCCCUUGGCCACAACCUCUCUAGAAAACGCCAAGCCCCAAGUCAAACCCGGAUUCCUGCAGUUCCAGGAGAACGACCCCUGCCUCGCGAACGACUGCAAGUACGCCAACAAGUUCCACUUCCACUGUCUCUUUGGGAACUGCAAGUACGUCUGUAAGACCUCCGGCAAGGCCGAGUCGCACUGCCUGGACCACAUCAACCCCAGCAACAACCUGGUGAAUGUGCGAGACCAGUUUGCGUACUAUUCCCUGCAGUGUCUCUGUCCAAACCAGCACUGUGAGUUCCGGAUGCGAGGGCACUACCAUUGCCUCCGGCCUGGGUGCUACUUUGUGACCAACAUCACAACCAAGUUGCCUUGGCACAUAAAGAAACACGAGAAGGCAGAACGCCGGGCAGCCAACGGGUUCAAGUAUUUCACCAAACGCGAGGAGUGCGGGAGACUAGGCUGCAAGUACAACCAGGUCAACAGCCACUUCCACUGCAUUCGAGAGGGCUGCCAGUUCUCCUUCCUGCUCAAACACCAGAUGACGUCCCACGCCCGGAAACACAUGCGGAGGAUGCUGGGGAAAAACUUUGACAGAGUUCCCACUCAGGGGCCGCAGAGCGUGCUGGACACGGAGACGGACGAGUACAUGGACUACACCGGCUGCAGUCCCGGCGCGCUCUCCUCCGAGUCCUCCAACAUGGACCGAAGCUGCUCCAGCACCCCCGUGGGCAACGAGAGCACCUCGGCAGGCUGCCUGGCCGCCGCCGCUCCCGCUGCCGCUGCCGACGAGGCCGCCGCGCCCCCCGCGGCCCCCCAGCCUCCACUGCCUCCAUCCUUCUCCCAGGCCCUGCUCAGGUCGCCCCUCCCCUCCCUCCCCUACCUCCUCUCUCCGUCUUGUCUCUCAUACUCUCUGCUCAGUGCCACCCUUGGAACCAGCCGGGCCCUUGUCAUGCCCGCCACCAGCACGCCCGGCUUCCCGUCUGUCCUUGCCACUCCACCUCCAGUCAAAAGUGACAUCCCCAUAGUGCAGGACGCCGCAGGGAACACCAUCACCAUGCCGACGGCGUCCGGGGCCAAGAAGCGCUUCUGGAUCAUCGAGGACAUGUCCCCCUUCGGCAAGCGCCGCAAGACGGCGUCGUCCCGCAAGAUGCUGGACGAGGGCAUGAUGCUGGAGGGCUUCCGGCGCUACGACCUGUACGAGGACUGCAAGGACGCCGGCUGCCAGUUCUCGCUCAAGGUCACGCACUACCACUGCACGCGGGAGAACUGCGGCUACAAGUUCUGCGGGCGCACGCACAUGUACAAGCACGCGCAGCACCACGACCGCGUGGACAACCUGGUCCUGGACGACUUCAAGCGCUUCAAGUCCUCGCUGAGCUGCGACUUCGCCGAGUGCCCCUGGUCCGGCAGCAGCACGCACUUCCACUGCCUGCGCUGCGGCUUCCGCUGCACCGACAGCACCAAGGUCACGGCGCACCGCAAGCACCACGGCAAGCAGGACGUGAUCAGCGCCGCGGGCUUCUGCCAGUUCAGCUCCAGCGCCGACUGCGAGGUGCCCGACUGCAAGUACAAGCUCAAGUGCUCGCACUUCCACUGCACGGCGCCCGGCUGCAAGCACACCGUGGUGGGCAUGUCGCAGAUGGACUCCCACAAGAGGAAGCACGACAAGCAGGAGCGCGGCGAGCCCGGGCCCGAGGGCGCCCCCGCCGGCCCGCCCGACCGCCAGGCGCCGCGCGCCGACGGGGAGGCCCCGGGCCUCGACAGCUCGCUCAACCUGGCCUCCGACGCGGGCGCCUCCCUCUUCUUCCUGCAGAGCGCGGCCGCCGGCCUGGGCCUCGCCGACUCGCUGGACCUGAGCAAGAAGCCCCCCGAGGGCCAGGAGCCCCGCGCCGCCGAGCCCGCGGAGGCCGCGCCCUGCCCCGCGGGGGGCCUGGACGACUCGUCCCAAGAGGAAGAGGAGGAGGAGCUGAACGAGGACGAGGAGGCGGAGGAGGACGAUGACGACGAGGAGGACGACGAGGACGACGAGGAGGACGACGAGGACGACGAGGACGAUGAGGACGAAGACGAGGACGACGAGGAUCUGAACACGGAUUCCGAGGAAUCGCUCCCCGACGCCGCCCAGAGCGAAGGCCUCGGCCCCAAGGGCCCGGGGGGAGGAGAGGAGGCGUGCCCCCUGAACCACAGCGACGCGGCCCGGCCCCCCGCCGGGGACUUGGCGGCCUCCGCCUCCCCGUAGCCCCCCACCCCACCAGGCGCGGGGCCCAUUCGUUUGUUUGCCUGUUUGUUUGAAAGUGAGACCCAGACCCCGUAGAGAAGAGCCCCG